AGUGACCGUCAAAGACGCAGCUCCGUGUUUUACAGCGGCCAACCAUCUUCAUAUUAGUACGACAGAUUGGAUCGGUCUCGAUGAGUCCAUAGGCAGCCAAACGCGAGCAUCUGAAAGAGUCAAUCAGACAACGUUGGAAUGAGGUGGGAAUGAUGGUUCACAAUGAACGCAACGCGAAAACGUCCAUCCUCUGAACGGGACUCUGCACCGGAACCGCUUACACAAGGACACAGAACUUCUGCACGGAACCGCCGUUAUGCCUACUGACAGAUGCUGGAGAAUGCUCCACAUGGCCGUGAUGUGUAUCUUGGUUCACGGAAUGGCAGCCAUGACGAGCGAUUGGAGCGCCACAAUACGUGCGAAAGACGAACAAGCAGCUAUGACGUUCAGUGGCGAAUUCUGGUGGUGCGACUGCUGGAACACAACAGCGGACGAGGGGGAAGAGAUGGCGGAAUGCAGGUGCAAAGGAGCCGGCCUACUAGACGUGCCCAACAACCUCCACUCCGGCGUACAAGCCUUAUUGCUCUCGGGCCUAGGCAUGAGUACUCUGAAGAACAACUCGCUGCAGCCCUACAAGAACUCCUUACAGGACUUAACGCUGAACGAGAUGAAGAACUUGGAGCGGAUCGAAACUGGAACAUUUAACAACAUGAAGCACCUUCGAACUAUAUACAUUUCCGAAGCGCCAUUGCUGAGGGUGCUACCUGGUGGCAUUUUUGCUGGACUAACUGACAGUUUCCUUUCGCUUCGAAUAAUGCGGACAGGUUUGGAGCACUUCCCAGACCUGAGGGACAUAUCACAAGGCUCCAUAAUGCACAUGAU